CGUUCCCAAUUUCGUUACAUAUAAACACACUUUGCGUUUUCUCCUCCACUCCCGGCAUAACCUAACCCUACACUCUGAAACAACCGCGCUUCAUUUUUAACCCUAAACUUGUUUCCCGACAAACAAACGCUCCUCUCUUAUAUCAACUCAUUUCCUACUUCGAAAACCCCUAAAGCAUCACCCCGUCCUCUCACAGUAUUUGUUUAAAAAAAAAAGAAAAUCAAAUCUCGCUUUUAGCAUCUCGAUCUCCUUUUUUUAGUACUUUUAAGAAGAAACAACCGAAUAUUUGUCGAAUCGACUGUUUUUGUUAUGGUGGGAGGGGGAAGCAGGAGAGACGAAGGAUCUAUGGUGAUUAACAACACCAACGUGUUUGCUGCUCUCGAAACUCUAAGGAAGAAGAAAAAGUCUGACAAGGACCGAAUUUCUAAAACAUCUUCUUCCAAGUCUCAGCAACCGCAAAAAGAACCCGAGCAGCAGGUCUUUUGGGCACCGGCGCCGCUCACUGUCAAAUCGUGGGCGGAUGUCGAUGAUGAGGACGAUGAUGAUUACUAUGCUACUACUGCUCCUCCUCAGUCCAUUUGGGGACCCUCCGAGUCGUCUCAGAGUCAUGAAGAUAAGACCGUCAACGUCGAGGAUAGUGAGAGCGAAGAAGAUAUUUUAGAUGAAGGUGAUGAUGAAAUAGAGGAAGAUCAUGACCAUGAUCCAGAGGUUCAAGUACACCCAGAGCAUUUACCGAAAACGGUUCCUGAAGUACCUGCACCAUCUAAGGAGUCGGAAAGACAACUUUCAAAGAAAGAGAGGAAGAAAAAGGAACUUGCUGAGCUGGAGGCUCUUCUUGCUGAUUUUGGAGUUACACAGGAGAGCAACAGCCAGGAUGAAUCACGAGUUGUUGCACAAGAAAAGAAAAAUGGAGAGGGGGAAAAAAAGGAAAAUCCUCCAGGAGAGUCUAAAAGUUCCAAGAAGAAGAAAAAGAAGGAUAAAUCAAAGGAUGGUAAAGAAUCACAGGAUCAGUCAACAAGUACAGAUGCCACUAACGGGCCAGAUGAAGCUGCUGGAAAUGAACAGACUGAGGAGGAUGCAUCAGCUGUUGAUGUGAAAGAGCGGCUAAAGAAGAUGGCAUCUACGAAGAAGAAAAAAUCUAGUAAAGAGAUGGAUGCUGCUGCAAAAGCUGCUGCACAAGAGGCUGCUGCGAGGAGUGCAAAGCUUGCUGCUGCAAAGAAGAAAGAGAAGAACCACUACAACCAGCAGCCUGUGCGGUAAAGUCCCCCUUUUUGGUCUACAUUACAUAUACAUAUGAACAUGUAUUUCUCGUUCGUACGACAAUGUGAAAUAAACGGUGGGCUAAAGGAUGACUGUGUCACUUUUAUUUGGAUGGACCAGACGAAAGUUUCAUCUGUUUUUGCUUUUUGGAUCUUAUUGUUGCUCAGUUAUCAUGGAUUUGGGACAAAUUA